UCGCCUAGUAACCAGAUCACAAUGCGUAAAUUGAAAAACCAUUGUGAGAUGGAUGAAACUGAACAUAAAACCGACUACGUUUCAUGGUCCCUCGAGCCGGAUGUCGCUACCGUAAUGGAUCCGAACCAAUUUCCUACUCUAGUUAGCUCAAGUCUAGGAUUAACUACAACCUGGCCUAGUGGCCUAGCUCCAGGAUCUAUUUUAGUGACUUCGCCUACAAAUGUAGGCUCCACCACCGAACCAGUUAACCAAGUCUUACCACCACCUAAAACUGUACCAAGUCCUGACCCACUACUAACUCAGUGGGACAAUCCGACCUGCCCCUCAUCCCAGCCUGAGCUAGAAAUCACACCAAAUGACAGUGCUAGCCAAAGAGGAUCGACAACCUCAUCUGUCCAUGCGAGAAGGUGCAUCGAACUAAAAGCCAGAGCUACCGCACUGGAGAGACAACGGAAAUUAAAUGAAAGACAGAUAGCCAUUGAAGAGGCCUUAGAACAGGCACACCUACAGCAGCUCAACAUCCUGUAGCAUCCAAUGAUCAAUCCAUAGGAGCAGCUCAAUUUCCUGUAGCAUCCAGUGCUCAAACCGUAGGAGCAGCUCAAUUCCCCUCAAUAAUAAUUCGGGUGAAUUAUUGCUCAGUUCACCUUAUCAACAACCAUCACGUGCAUAUCCGCCUGCAUCAUUGUAUGGCAUCCCAAGGCCUACACUUCCCCAUUUUAGUAGCGGAAAGGAGAAAGACUUCGCCUUACUGAAGAUGGCCUUAGACAGUCUGUUAGGGGUUUCCUCAUCUCACCGAACAAUGCAAGUAUCAAGUGUUGCUGAGACACCUUGGUGGCAAUAUUAGGAAACUGGCUGAAGCAUUUAUCCAUGAGACCAAGCCCUACUCAGCUGCACUUUCAGCCUUGCAAGAAAAGUAUGGACAGCCGCGACAACUUGUCCAAAGCGAGAUUGGACAACUACUACAAACACCUCCUAUCCGAUCUAAUGAUACUGAUAAUUUUGAGAAUUUCGCACUGUCAGUGCAUUCAUUAGUGGGUAUGUUACGGUCGAUAGAAGGCGAUAGUGGUUAUGAACUCCAGUGUGGUUCCCAUGUGGAUCGGCUAAUCAGUAAACUGGCACCUCCUAUCCGUGAUCGAUUUGUAGAGCAUUGCAUCAACAGAAAGGUUAUAGACAAGAAAGGUUACAGACAAGACUUACAACCUUAAGGAUCUUUCAGACUGGUUACAAAAUAGAACACGAGCCCAGCGAAUAGCAAACCAAGCCUCUACACUGUACAAAGAGCAUUAUCCUGUAACCAAGAAACCAUCGAGAACAACAAGUUUCAUGACGACUGAGAGAAAGUAUACGUUCUCAAAGAUGUUCUGCCCUUACUGCACCUCCAAUAAUCACUAUCUGGGAGGGUGCAGAGAGUUCAAAGAACUGAAGGUUGAACAAGUAGUUCAUUGGAUUUAAAAAAAUAAGCGGUGCUGGCGCUGUGGCAGGACACAUUUACCGGAAAAUUGUACCCUUAAGCGACCCUGUAGACAGUGCAAUGACUUGCAUUUGACAGUGCUGCAUGAUGCGACUACCAAUGGGGGGAACAAGCCGCCAUCUACAGUCCAGUUGUACAUAGACAGGCAACAUCGUCCUCAAAAUGUCAUGCUGAAAUCUCACCAAUCACCCUUCAUGGUCCUAAAUCCUACAUUGACACAUAUGCAAUCCUCGACGAUGGAUCUAUGCGGACAAUCAUUAUGACUCAAGCGCCUAAUAAGCUUCAUAUCACUGGAGUUAAAGACAGUAUCUUACUUAUGACUGUUAAUCAGGGUAGAACCGAAUGCAGUGGUUAUUCCCUGAACCUGCAAGUGUCAUCCCGAGAUAAUCACCAAUGUCGCUUCAGUCUACAGGGGGUGUUCAGUGCUCAUCAGCUAAGCUUCUCAGAGUACACCCAUCCAAUCCAGUCUCUUCAGAAAAGAUAUGCUCAUCUAAGACCAAUAACUUUGGCAGAUAUUAACCAGGCAAAGCCGUUAAUCUUGAUUGGUUCAGAUAAUGCAGGACUCAUUCUUCCCGUGGAACCAGUACGUCUAGGGCCUAGGGGAGCUCCAGCUGCAAUCAGGACAGCAUUAGGGUGGACGAUACAAGGUCCAUCUCAUCUACUGACAUAUCAGCGACCUUAAUCCCCAUAUUUUGUCAACACUCAAGUAAAUCAGGAUUUGUUGAAAAAUGUGAAACGACUGUGGGAAAUUGACAUUUUACCUUAUUCCAAACAUGCCGUUAGGUCUCGUCAAUAUAAUCAAGCAGUAGAACUCUUGAAAAAGAAGACGGUUCGCGUUAAAAUCAAUGGGAUAAACCGUUAUGCCACUCCGUUUCUUCGCACACAAAAUGACGUAACAUUUCAUGCUAGGCCUGAAGCGGUCCUACCCAUUCUUAGACGUUCAGAACGGCAACUUCAGACCAAUCCAGAAAAGGCAGAAACCCACAACCAACCGGUGAGGAAGCUGGUGGAUGAUGGUUGUGUUAAAGAAAUAUCUAGAGAGGAAGCUGAUCAGUCAAAUGAAUCAUGGUACUUCCCACAUCAUGUAGUCUCCCACAAUGGGAAAGAUAGACUAGUAUUCAAUUGCUCAUAUGAACACAAUGGAAAGGUGUUAAAUGCUAACCUACUUCCCGGACCAAC